AUGAUGAAGUAAUAAAAUGGUAAUGACAUACUAAAUUGCCCUUGCUGCAAAAAGGUUUAUAAUCUAAAGGAGAGAUUACCAAUUAUUCUUCCUUGUGAAGAUGAAAUCUGCAAACAGUGCUACUAAAACCAAAAAGAUUAAGUCCAAAACUAACAAAUUCAAUGUCCCAUUGAUAGUAACCAUCUUUGUGAUGUUGAUCAAAAAGUUAAAGAAUUUAAGCCGAUGAUAAGAAGACUUCAAAAUCAUAUCGAUUGUGAUGAACAUUAGGGAAGUAAUGUAUAAUUUUACUGCAAAAACCAAAAUAACCUUAUCUGCUCUAACUGCUUCGUGACUGAUUCACAUAUUCAAUGCUAAUUUGAGGGCAUAUAACACAUUGCUUUUGAAAGAAAAUUUUUAGAUGAGUCAUUUGGAAAAAUUCUCCAUCCACUAAAAGAUUUUAAGAACUAAAUUGAGGAAUAGAUAGAAAAUGUUCAUUCUUUCCUAGAUAAGAGUAGAAUCUUUGGUGCUGAUGAAAUCUAACAAGAUGCCUUCAAAGAAAUUAAUCCAAACGUUCAAAUCAUUCCAACAAUUAAUGGGGAUAUGAAAAAAGCAGAAGUUCUAAAUCGAGAGAAAACAUCUAAAAAAUUCAAUAAUUAAGUUAAGAGUUUAAAGAAAAGUUAAAUUCUUAGUCUUAAGACUGCUAAGCUAAAAUAGGCAAUCAAAAGAAGGAAAAUGAAGAUAAAUUGGAUCUUAUGUCCAAAUAAAAUUAAGCUAGGCUAGACUCACAAUCUAAAGAAUUUCAAGAGAAGAUUUUCUCCUUUAGAAAAGAAAACUAAGCAAAAUUAGACUCUCAAUCGAAAGAAUUUCAAGGGAAAAUUUCCUCCUUGUAAAAAGAAAACUAAGCUAAAUUAGAUUCUUAAUAGAAAGAAUUUUAAGGAAAGUCCUUCUCCUAGUAAAAAGAAAAUUAAACCAAAGUCUAAAUAAACAGAAUAUGAAGCUAAACUAGAUUCCUUAAAAACAGAAAAUUAAAAGAAAUUGAUAGUUUUGACUAAUGAAAAUUUAGCUAAAUAAGCUUAACUAUUACAAGAAUUUUAAGCUUAGGAAAAAUCUAAGUCUCAAGAACACUAAUCUAAACUAUAAAUAAUGUCUAAAUAAUCUGAGGCCUAGUUAGAAUAAUAGCAAUAGGAAAAUUAAGCUAAAUAAGCUUUGUUGACUAAAGAAAAUAAAAAUAUGUUAGAUAUUUUGUAAAUAUAAUACAAAGAAAAGUUAGAUUCCUAAUCAAAUGAUUUUACAGUUAAAAUGUAAAAUUUGACUAGAAAAUAUUAGGCUAAGUUAGAAGUUAAAAAUAAUGAGAAGCAUGAUAUUAAAAAUAGACUAGAAAAUUAAUAUAUAAAAUUAUAAGAGUAAGUAAAGGAAAAAGGAUUAAUGGAAUUCAGAAGAUUGGUUGAAAAAUCAUAAGACAUAUAUCUACUUAAACCUUAACUUCCCCUUUUUGCAUUCGGAAGGAAAUAAUUGCUCUAUAAAGCUACCAGAGAUGGAUUUAGAGCAGCUGAUUUUCAUAGACUGUGUGAUAAUAAAGGUCCUACUAUUUCUUAUAUCAUAAGUGAGCACGAUCAAGUAUUUGGGGGCUAUACAUCUGUGCCUUGGACAUCUGAUAGCAAGUAUGUAAAAGAUAGUAGCGCAUUUGUGUUUAGUCUAAGUAAAAAUACAAAACAUAAACAAUAUUAAUACUUUGAUUUUUCAGUUGCGCAUUAAAAAGAUUUUUUAAUGGUAUUUGGAUGGGGCUAUGAUAUUUGUAUAAGAGAUAAAUGUGAUAAUAAUAAUAAUAAUGAAUGCUUAUUAGGUGGUACUUAUGAACUAGUUUAAGAGUAAAAUAAUACAAAUUAGUCUGCUAAUUAUUUAGCAGGAGGGAGAAAAUUUAACGUCGUUUAAAUUGAAGUAUACAUCAAUACUUGGAUAUGA